UGAUAACUCCAAUCAAUCUUGUUACCUUCUUACCAAAAAAAAAAAAGAAAAUCAAUCUUGUUACCUUAUUCGGUUCUUCCUCACCAAUGACGCUACACAUCAUUGACAUUGCCCGAAUCAGCCCUGCCGGCUACUCGGACUUGCUCGUCAUCCCUUUAACGUUCUUGGAUCUUCCAUGGCUACUCUUUCACCCAGUCAAACGAGUCUUCUUCUACAAACUCACCGAAGCGACCCAUGAGCACUUCCACUCCAUCAUCCUCCCUAAGCUCUCUCUCUCUCUCUCCCUUGUCCUCCGCAACUAUCUCCCUCUCUCAGGCAGCAUCACUUGGGACCAAAACGAGCCCAAGCCAAGCAUAGUCGUAUCUCCAAACGACGCCGUUUUGAUGACCAUAGCCGAGACAAACGCUGAUUUUUCUCAUCUUUCUGGCUAUGGACAACGCCUAGUGUCCGAGUUACACAGCUUGCUACCCAAGUUACCGGUUUCAAAUGAGUCAGCGACCGCCUUCUCUACACAAAUCACGUUGUUCCCGAACCAAGGAAUCUCCAUUGGUGUAGCAUCACACCAUGCUGUUUUGGAUGGGAAAACAUCAAGCAUGUUCAUCAAAGCUUGGGCUCACAUCUGUAAACAGCAACUCGAGAACGUAAUCUCUCUGCCCGAGAAUAUAACUCCAUCUUAUGAUCGGUCAUUGUUGAAAGAUUUUACGGGACUCAAUGAAAAGACGAUUGCGACGGUGAGAUCUCUCAGAGAGGACAAAACAAACAUCAGAAGCUUAACUCCGUUUCCCGCAAAGGAACUCGGAGAUGACGUAGUCUUGGCCACGCUCGUGCUCUCUCGCAAUGACGUAGAGAGACUUAGAGAGCAAGUCAAGAACGAGUCACCGAGCCUUCACUUGUCGACUUUCGUGGUUGCCUACGCGUACCCGUGGACCUGCUACGUGAAGGCUCGUGGAGGAAGCACAGAAAGGUCCGUGAGUUUACUGUUCGUUGGAGAUUUUAGACAGCGGUUGGAUCCGCCGCUUCCGGCGACGUACUUCGGAAACUGCAUGUUUCCGGUGGGUAGCUACGACCACAAGGCCGCCGAGUUUACUGAAGAGAAGGGAUCGUUCAUAACGGCAGUUGAGAUCCUAAGCGAUUUGGUCAAAGGAUUUAGUUCAAGAAAGAUAGAGACGAUCGUGAAGGAGGUAGCGGACAGUUUCCAUUUCCAAAGAGGAAGCACACAGUUUGGGGCUAUAGCCGGGUCAACCCGGUUGGGAAUAUACGAGUCGGAUUUUGGGUGGGGAAGACCCGUUAAGGUUGAUAUUGUCUCUAUUGACCAAGGAGAGGCGAUCUCGAUGGCAGAGAGACGUGAUGAAUCGGGUGGUGUGGAGAUAGGAAUGUGUUUGAAAAAGACUGAAAUGGACUUGGUAGAGUCUUUCUUCAACAAUGGUUUACUAAGUUAAAACAAGAUUUUUGAAGAGUUGUUCUUGUUUAUUUAUCCUUGUCAUGUUUUCAAUUUCAUAGAUCACUAAUAAAUUCGUUUGACAAAUCUUUUGGUGUGUAAGCCUUUCUGAUCAAUCUCCCCAUAUAUAUACUCUCUUCAUAAGAUGCUUUGUAAGAUUUUUAUAGUUGUGAGCUUUGUACGUGAAUUUUCUACAAUUGCAUCUCCUUAAUUUGAACCU